CAUUCACGCGCCCUCUCGCUGCGGUAACCCGCCGGACGAAAGCUCAGCGGCACGGCAGCGGAUGCUGCUAUGGGUGACCAAUGAAUCGUUUUGGUAUGGAAAUGGCACUCCCUGUUUUCUGUUCUGCUGAAGUCACCCUCUUAUGUGAUUGCUGCUAAGCGUCACACCACGAUGACCAAGUGGACGCCUGUCCCGGAUAAAGCAAAAUAUGGAGUGGCAAUCGCCAACUUCACAGAAGAAGGGGUCCAUAGGCUUCGGUUAAACGUCGGCGAUUCAGUGUACAUCUACGAGGAACUUGAAGACUGGUACUAUGGCUGCUGCACCAACAGCAAAACAAAAAAGGGAAUAUUUCCCAAAGCUUACAUUGCUGUCAAGGAGUCCAUCAUUGACAAGACUGGCCCUCAUGAAGUCGUCAUUCCUAAGGAGCCAUCCAUCAUCAAGGAGAUUACGGCUGUUCUUCGUGAAUGGGGUCCGAUCUGGAAACAGCUGUACCUCACAAAUAGAGCAGAGUUUGAUUCUGUUCGGAACAUGAUGUAUGAGCUGAUGGACUCCAGAAGGAAAAUUAUGUCUGGAACUCUGCCCGUCGAUGAACUGAGGGAGCUGAAGCAAAAGGUCACUGCAAAGAUUGAAAUGGGCAAUGCGAUCCUUGACCUUGAUUUGGUUGUUCGACACAGUAGCGGCAAUAUCCUCAACCCAGACGUCACUAGCACCAUUGACUUGUACCGUGCACAUGUGGAUGCGACGAAAAGGAUCAAGCAGAUGUCAUCGACGCAGCUAGACAUUGGGUCUCCCAAGGCAUCAAGCCAUUAUUGCCACAAUCUGUUUGUUGUGGUAAAAAACUUUGUCUGCCGCAUUGGAGACGACGCAGAUCUUCUCAUGACACUCUACGAUGCCAAAGAACAGAAGUUUAUCAGUGAGAACUACUAUGUCCAAUGGGCCAAAUGUGGUCUUAUCAAAGACUUGGACCAGCUCAACAACUUGAGAGUGCUUUUCACUGACUUGGGCAGUCGGGAUCUGAGUCGGGAACGUGUCAACUUUAUCUGUCAGAUCAUUCGCAUUGGUGCUAUGGAGCUGAAGGAGAAUGAUCACAAAAGGUCAACAUUGUAUUCAAAGAAGACAUGUGAAUCUGAAGGCAUGCGUCGACCAUUUGGUGUUGCUGCCAUGGACAUUACUGACAUCAUCAGUGGCAAGAUUGACAGUGAUGAAGAGAAGCAGCAUUUUGUUCCGUACAUUCAGUGUGGAGAGCGCGACUUCUUGGACACAGCCAUCAAAAAGGCCCUGGCAGCGAAGGAGGUAACCCAAAAGGAACACAAAGGCCAGGGUCUUUGGAUCUGCCUCAAGUUGCUGCAUGGUGACAGCAAGCAAGUGCGUGAAGAGAACCCGCACCUUGUUUCUGGGACCACAGCUGUGGCACGCAAGAUGGGCUUCCCUGAAGUCAUCCUGCCCGGUGAUGUACGAAAUGACUUGUACUUGACACUUGUCCAGGCUGAGUUCUCAAAGGGCGCUAAGACCUCGGACAGAAAUAUUGAAGUCACAGUGAAAGUGUGCAAUGACAAAGGAUCUGUCAUACCGGGUGUCAUAAGUGUGGGAUCAGGCUCUGAAAGCCUUGACGAAUACCACAGUGUCAUUUACUAUCAUGAAGAUAAACCACGUUGGAUGGAAACAUUCAAGAUUGCAGUUCCUAUUGAACAGUUUUAUUAUGCUCAUCUGUUGUUUACAUUUAAACACAGAUCGUCGAAUGAAGCAAAAGACAGAGUUGAGAAGCCGUUUGCCAUGUCAUUUGUCAAGCUGAUGCAAGAAAACGGCACCACAUUGAAUGAUGAAGUGCAUGAGCUACUAGUCUACAGGCUGGACCACAAGCGGCACACUGAAAUGGACACCAGCUACCUCACACUGCCAGCAACACGUGCUGACUUCAAUGCAAUCAUGCAAAAUUCACCAACGCCCAAUGCACAGCCCAACAAGGCACAGCUGGCUUCAUUCCAGGCCGGAGGAAUCAGCCUUGCCAUUAAGGAUUCGUUCCAAAUUUCAACAUUGGUGUGUUCAACCAAGCUCACACAGAAUGUUGACCUUCUUGGCCUCCUAAAGUGGUGGACUCUUCCUGAUAACUUGGAAAAGAACCUUCAUGCACUGAUGAAGGUCGAUGGUGAAGAAGUUGUGAAGUUCCUGCAGGACAUUUUGGAUGCCUUGUUCGACAUUUUGAUGAAGAACUCGGACUCUGAAUUGUAUGACAAUCUUGUUUUUGAAGCCCUGGUUUUCAUCAUCGGCCUCAUUUCUGAUCGCAAGUACCAGCACUUCAAACCAGUGUUAGAUUUGUACAUUGAAGAAACAUUCAGUGCUACAUUAGCUUACAACAAGCUUAUUGUUGUCUUGAAGUACUACAUUGACAACAUCAACACCAAUACUCAAGAGACUGAAGGCAGUCUUUUGUUUCGUGCUAUGAAGAGCAUAGAGUACAUAUUCAAGUUCAUUGUUCAUUCCAGGAAACUCUUUGCUCACUUGAAUGAAGGCAAAGGGACUCAACAGUUUGAGCUCUCUCUAGAGCAGCUUUUGAAGUCUAUCACCGGCAUGAUGUUGUACAAGGCUGAUACUGUGCUGCUCAUUCAAGGUGCUUGCCUAAAGUACUUUCCUGCCACCAUUCCAGACAUUCUGCAUGUCUUUAAUUCAAAGCAGCUAAGCCAUAUUGUUACGGAGCUGCUCAACAAUCUACCACCUGAAAGGCUCACAAAACAAAAAAUGAUGUGUGUAAAUGACAUUGUUCAUAGUGAGCUGUUUAAGUUUCCAGAAUGCCGUGCCAUUCUGCUGCCUGUGAUCAACCAACAUGUGAAGCUUCUUAUGGAGAAAGGAGAAGAGCUAGAGCUCUGUGUAAAGAUUCUAAGUGACAUCAUGGUGGUUCUUCAUGGCCAUGAUCGGACACAAACUGUUGAAGACAUAUCCGUCGUCAUGCAUUCCGUCCUGAGGACUGUGAUCCAGACUGUAAUUAGGACCAACCGCUCUUUGCCUAUUGUGGGCAACAUUGUGGCCCUCAUGAUUUCAAUACUGAGGCAAAUGACUAAGUACCACUAUACCAACUACAUUGAACACUUUCCAACAACUACAGAUCUCCUUGACUUUCUAAUGGAAAUUCUACUAGUCUUUAAAGAUCUGGUUAGUAAAAACGUCUACCCAAAGGACUGGAAUGACAUGAUAAUGCUGCAGAACAGUGUCAUGCUGAAGGCUCUGCGUCACUUCUCAUACACCAUUCGAGAUCGAUUUACCACUCCCUUCGAUUACCAGGUGUGGAACAACUACUUCCAUUGUGCCAUAGCCUUCCUCACUCAAGAUGCACUGCAGCUGGAGAACUUCUCGCACAACAAGCGUAACAAGGUCAUUGCCAGGUACAAAGACAUGAGGCGGGAGACAGGCUUUGAGAUACGCAAGAUGUGGUUCAACCUCGGCCAAAACAAGAUCCACUUUGUGCCUGGUAUGGUGGGCCCAUUCCUUGAGAUGACCAUGAUUCCUGAAGUGGAGCUACGAAAGGCCACCAUUCCCAUAUUUUUUGACAUGAUGCAAUGCGAGUUCUACUCCCCACGGAAGUCUUCGUCCAUCCAUCAAGAUGACUGCUUCGUGCACAACCUUGAGAUGAAAGGAAAUUUCCAAGAGUUUGAAAAUGAAAUGAUCACUAAGCUAGACGUCCUAGUCGAAGGUGGGCGAGGAGACCAACAGUAUCAAGAGCUUCUUCAGAAAACCCUGUAUGACUUGUGUGAAAACCAUGCUGCCCUGCAUGACGCUGGAAUCCGGUUUAUCAAGACAGUGGUGCGACUGAUGAAACGUCUCUUAGAGUACCGCACCAUCAUCACAGAUGAAAACAAAGAGAACCGCAUGAGCUGCACAGUGAACUUGCUGGAGUUCUACCAUGAAAUCAACCGGCAAGAAAUGUACAUAAGAUACUUGCACAAACUCUGUGACCUGCACCUGGAGUGUGACAACUACAUAGAGGCAGCCUUUACAUUGCAGCUACACGCCAAGCUACUGCGCUGGUCAGAUGAGAGUUUGCCAAGCCUCUUGCGUAGUGCUAAAUAUCCACAGUGUGAGACUAACCGGGAGCUCAAAGAGCGCCUUUACCAUGAUAUUCUCGACUACUUUGACAAGGGCAAGCUCUGGGAGGCUGGCAUCACGCUGAGCAAGGAGCUGUUGGCACAGUAUGAGAAUGAGACAUUUGACUAUGCCCAGCUGAGCUCUCUGCAUGCACGCAUCGCUACCUUCUAUGAGAACAUCAUGCGCCAACUGCGACCUGAACCUGAGUACUUUCGAGUUGCUUACUAUGGGCGCAAUUUCCCAGCCUUUCUUCAAAAUAAGGUUUUUGUGUACAGAGGAAAAGAGUAUGAGCGAUUGAGUGACUUCAGCACUAGGCUGCUCAACCAAUUUCCCAAUGCCAUACUGCUGACCAAGCUGACUAUUCCUGGCAAUGAUGUCACUGAAUCACAGUCCCAGUACCUUCAGAUAAACAAGGUAGAUCCUGUGAUGAACAACCCCCAGCGCUUUCAGAAUAAACCUGUCCUUGAGCAGAUCCUCAAGUACUACAGGGUGAAUGAGGUGAGCAAGUUCACCUAUUCACGUCCCCUGCGGCGAGGCGAGAAAGACUCCGACAAUGACAUCGGCAACAUUUGGCUUGAGCGGACCACAUUAGAAACUGCCUACAUGCUUCCUGGUAUCCUUCGCUGGUUUGCUGUGAUUAGGGUUCACACUGUUGAGGUCAGCCCACUGCAGAAUGCGAUUGAGACUAUGGAAGCCACCAACACCAAGAUCAGGGACAUGGUGCUGCAACACAGGGCAGACCCAAGCCUUGCCUUGAACCCAUUGAGCAUGCUGCUGGGCGGCAUUGUGGAUGCUGCAGUCAAUGGAGGCAUUGGCAAUUAUGAGAAGGCAUUCUUCACUCCAGAGUACCUGGAAGCAAACAGAUCAAGUAUUGAUGGAAUCAACAGGCUAAAGGAGCUCAUUGCCUGCCAGAUACCACUUUUGGAGGCUGGCAUAGAAAUCCACCGAGACAAGGCCCCAGAAAGCCUUCAGCCAUACCAUUCACACAUGCAGGAGAAGUAUUUGAAACUGAAGGCGCACAUUGAAGAGAACUAUGGCAAAGCAUCACCUCCUCCUGAGUUGAUUGAGCACCCCAUCCUCAUCAGGCGGAACAAAGUUGUCCCUGCAGCUAAUCCAGCUUCACGGACAGAACGUACUGACAGCUCUGUCUUUGCACCAGACAGCAGUAACAGGAAAACAGCCUCUGUGACAAGCCUCCCAAGCGUACCUGGAAAGCCACAAAGUACACAGAUGGCUAGGGCACUCGUGCCCUCAGUGUUUGCAAAGCAGAAUUCUGUGGUGUCACCACACAAAUCACAUGGAAAGAAGAGUCGUGACAGCACAGGGCUUACCCUGAGGCGCAACUCGGCUGCAUCACUGAGCUCCCAGCAUGAGGAAAAGUCACAGUCUCAGUGGUAUGACUUGCCACUCACAACUGAUAAAGGAUCAGAGGCACCCAUCAUUGAACUAAAUGAACAACUUACUCCUCAUCGUCCUCUUAGAUCAGAGGCUGAAAAGCGGCACAGCAGACCUUCCAGUGGACAGUUCAAGCUCCCUCCUUCAACACCACCCUCCCAAGGAGCUGGAGGGGCCACUACUCCAAGCUUGGCUACUGCUACCAGCUUCCCCAUGUUUCCAGCCAGCUCCAGUGCACCCACUUGCUCACCAGAACCUCCCCUUGAGGUAGACAAGCCACCGCCUCUACCUCAGAAGCAGGCAUAUGCUGAUUACACCAAUGUGACAGCAGAGGAUACACCUGCAUUGCCUGCACGCAAGCCUUCCCUCAGCAUUCCUGGCAUGACCAAGAAUAGGCCGCAGCCCCCUCUCCCUGCCAAGGAAGGUAGCAAGGAGGGAACACCGGUAUUGCCAAAAAAACCUGAACGGCCUCCAACCAACCGAAAUCUGAGUUUUCCCCAGGAGGUUGCCAAAAAGAUGAGCCGGACUGCAUCAGAGGCCACGGAGGGUUGAUUUUUAAUGUUUAUUGUUAUUGUCUUUUAUUUUAUGGAAAAAGUACUGGAAGAAGUUCAGUGGUUGCACUUGACAUGCUUGUUUCAGAGCUGUUAAUGCACACAUUUUAAAUGUCGUUGUCCAUUGACGUGCUGUGUAAACAAGGUUUUCCAUAUUGGUUUGCAAUGCCAAGACUACAUUAUUAAGCAUUUUUGUGAAGUCCAGAGGCUUAGUUUUAGGUAACAUUGAUUCUAAGAGGGUUCAAACAGGAUGCAACACGAUGAGUGUGCUGCAAGAACUACUAAUCGUUACUGUGAAUGCCCACAGCCAGACAGGUGUUGCACCAAGCUGUCACUUUGCAUGCUUUACACCUUAGUGAUAGCUCUGUUUUAGUUACUUACUGUGCUGAAUUGUGUUCAAGAAGUUUGCUGCUAUACUACAUUUUAUAUAAAGGAUUGCAUGGCAUAAAUGGUGUUUUAUAAAACCAGCUGUGUGAAUGAAUACUAGCUUUGAUCUCUGUAUGUGCCAAUGCUUGAUCAACCUGUGUGUCUUAGUACCCUGUGGGCACUUGGCCACUGCUUUGUGUUAUUGUGUCCCUGUGCCAUUUGUGUCAUGGUGCCUGCCACUGCUGCAUAUUUGCUCAAAGUCAUGCUUUGCUGUCCUUUAUAAAAGUGUAGUUAUACUUACUGUGCAUGCAGCAUUUUAAUGCAUCCCUGACCUUACACCUAAUGAAAAGGGACAUGUUUUGUUGUUUUACUGUUGAAUGGCAUUAUUGUACCAAUAAUUUCUGACCAAUUCAUUGCUUUGAUGCUACCUGUUGCCUCAUCUCACUAUAACCUUAAGCGUGGCUCACCUGUAUAUAUUCGUAGGCACAGUGCUUGCUGCCAUGUGUGCAACAUGUAGGAACACAAUUCAGAACUUAAUUGUUGUGAGAAAGCAUGUUUUAAAUAAUGUUCUAUGAAGAGUUUUAAAUAUAUACACAAGUACCUUAUAGUUUGCAGUCUUAGUGUGUUUUGUAUGUUUAUACCUGUGAACUAAAAUGAACUUAUGUACACAAGUAGCUUUGUCUGUAGAAAUGAGUAACAUUGACGUAAUGUCAGGCUACUGUGGACACUUUUAAAUGUCACUUUACACAUUUGUGCAAGGCCUUUGAGAGCUUUAUUUGUGCAUAGAUUUUAUAUUGUAUUCCAGGCCUGCAAAUUGUACAGGAGGAGCCUGCUUGGUGUCAAUGUCUUGUGAUUGUGUAUUCCUGUAUGAGGUACUCCUCCAAAUGCAAUACUAGUAUUAAAUAUAUAUUGUGAAUC